AUGGUGAUGGCGAGCGCGGUGCUGGGUCCCGGGGCGGCGCGGCUCCUCUUCUACCCGACGCUCCUGUACACGCUGGUGCGGGAGCGGCUGCCCGGCUCGGCCCGGCCGUGGUUCAGCCGCAUCGACCGCGCUGUGCUCCUGGGAGCGCUGCCUUUGCGGGGAAGGUGCCGCCAGUUGGUAGAAGAGGAGAAUGUUCGAGGUGUGGUCACCAUGAAUGAAGAAUAUGAGACUCGCUUCCUGUGCUGCUCUCCCCAGGAGUGGGAGGCAAUGGGUGUAGAAUGCCUGCGCCUUAGCACUGUGGACCUGAUGGGAGUCCCCUCAUUAGAAAAUCUGCACAAAGGUGUCCAGUUUGUACUGAAGCAUCGCGAACUUGGAAACAGUGUUUAUGUGCACUGCAAAGCUGGCCGCUUUCGUAGUGCCACUAUGGUUGCAGCAUAUUUAAUUCAGCUGCACCAGUGGACUCCUCAAGAAGCAAUAGACACCAUUGCUAAGAUCCGGCCUCAUGUCAUCAUCCGCCAGAAACAGGUACAGUUACUGGAGGACUUUCAUAGGAGCGUAACUGUUUGAACUCCUGCAGAAGGAUGGCAAGGACUACCAAAGACAGA